ACCUCAAAUAUACUUGUAGUACAGAACCCAUUUAAAAGCAUAUGCAAAGUUCAUUGCGCUAGCAGUUGUUGUGCCGCAUUAGCUAAGAAACGUUACGGAUAAAAAGAAAAACUUAUAAAAAGUUAAGAAUUUAAUUCAGUUGAAACAUAACAAGUGCAUUUGAAAUACUAUUGGAAAUUUUUGAGUGACUUUGAAUACAUAAUAUUUUAUUGAAAGUGCAACAAAAUGGCCUUACGCGGCAUAAAGAAAUGGCUUUUUCUUAUCUUGCAAGUAACAGUCUGCAUUUACUUUUUCUUAAACUCAACAUCCGCUGAGUGUAAUGUCUGCCAGGAGAAUCAAGUCGCCUGCAUCAAUUCAACGUCAUUCUAUCUUUGCUUCGGUGACAGCAAUCCCAAUAUGGACGUGCUGUAUCACUGCAAGGAGGGUUUCGAGUGUACCGAAUUUAACGCUAUCUGUCUACAAGCGAGUGCAACACGUGCGCCCAGUUGUGGUUCCACAUCACUUUGUGGACAAUGUACGGCUCAGGCUAAUGCGCUCUUUGCUUGCUUAAGUCGCACCACAUUCCAAAUGUGUUAUGGCGCUGUACGUCCCACCGGCCAGGUGGGUUAUUGUCCCAGUGGAUUUGUUUGUGACGCAACAAGUGAUGCGAUUUGCGUUAGUACCGCCGGAGAAUAUACUGUUACCUGUGAUGUUGUCGAUUCUUCCACUGAAACGACAACAACAACAAGUACAUCCACUACACAAACUACUAUUGCAACUAGUACAAUUCCAUUGACACCAAAUGAGAUUUGUGCCCAACAAACGCGGAGUGGGCUCUAUCCGACCAUGCCAAACGAUCCCUUUUGCAAAAGAUAUAUACACUGUCGUAAUAUGAGAGGUGUUGAGUAUUCAUGCGCUCCGAACACAUACUUUAGCAUAGAAUCUAAAGCUUGCACUAUUGAUCAGCCAGCAUACUGUACUUGAAUAAAUUUUAUAUUAUACUUGUUUCAAAAAAUAUCUUCGUUAUAUUUUGGUAAAAAAUAUAUUUUAUGUUCCAAAAUACACGCAGAAUACUCUGCUUCAGCCUCUCUCUCUAUCUCUUUAUCUCACGGGAGAGUCCUCCUAAACUUGCGAGAAAAUAUGAAGCUUACUAAACACAAAUAUUGAAGUCAUAGCAUCACAAAUAGGAACCAACUGAGAAACCGUUAUCUCAAGAG